AUGGCUCUGCGCGAGUGGCUUCUCGGGGCGCUGCUUUCCGCGGGUCCCGGGGCUUGGAUCGUGCUGCUCGGGGUGCUGCUGCUCUCGUGGCUGGCGCUGCGCCCUCUGCGGCUCUUGCGCGGCCCGGACGAGGUGGGCUACGCGGGCGAAGCCGGCUGCAGCCGCGCAGAGGCGGCCAGGCGAGCGCGCAGGAGCCGGCGGCUCGGGCAGCUGCCGCCUGUCUACCCCAACGGCUGGUUCCGCCUGCUGGAUUCGGCGCAGCUGGCCCGCGGAGAGGUGCGCAAAGUGGCUGCGCUGGGUAAGUGGGGUUCCGGAGCAUGGGCAGAUUGCGGAGCGGGCAGCUUGGAAGUGGAGCCGUCUGCCGAGCGCGCACCGGAAUCAGCUGCGCGUAAAAGCGCGCACCGGAAUCCUGCUGCCAAGCGCGCGGCACAGUGCGCUGUUGGCAAGUCCUGCCAGGCGCCGGCCUCGGGAUUCCACCCCCUGGAAAGGAAUCCAGCGUAUCUCCACGAGGGUCGGUCGUAGCUUUGUCUCUGAAAGGUGGCUCGCUAGCUGCGGGGAACUCUUUCUGCCUUCCUUUCCACGGAGAAGCUUUCCAUGACGCGACAGUCUCUGCUGCGAGUCAGGAAUGGCAGCUAUAAAAUCCCGGAAUGAUUGACAGGGAGGGGAGCCCGGGGUCUUCUAGUCCAGCCCCCUGCAAGACAGGAAUCUCAGCUCAAGAAUCUCUGACAACCUCUGUUGAAGAAAAAAAACAAAACACUCCAAUUACACCCAGAAAAGACCGCAGUCAAUAGAAUCUUCUGAGACACCUGCGAGAAUAUAUACUACUGGAAGCAUAUUUUGCAAAAUGCUUUUUAUUCCUGCAUUGCAGGGGGUUGGGCUAGACGACACUCUGGGGUUGUUAGGCGUGACUUUGGUAUAUGUGUGUAUGUGGCAACUUGAAUGCUCGAAAUCUUAAAUUCUGCUCUCCAUCUGCAAAGGUGGGCAACCAAGAUGGCCAAAGGUCUGGAAACCAAGCCUUGGGAGGGAGCUGGGUCUGCAAAAAAGGAGACUGAGAGGAGACAUGAUAGCCAUCUUCAAAUAUCUCAAGGGCUGUCCCAUGGAAGAUGGCGCAAGAUUGUUUCCUCGUGCUCUGGAGGGUAGGACUCGAACCCAUGGCUUCAAGUUACAAGGAAGAAGAUUCCGACUAAACAUCAGGAAGAGCUUUCUGAUAGUAAGAGGUGUUCACCAGUGGAACCGUCUCCCUCUGGAGUUUGCAGACUCUCCUUCCUUGGAGGUUUUUAAGCAGAGGUUGGAGGGUCAUCUGUCAGGGAUGCUUUAGCUGAGUUUAUUCCUGCAUUACAGAGGGUUGGACUAGAUGACCCUUGGUGUCCCUUCCAAUUUUACAUUUCCAUGACUUUCCCUUUCUUCUCCUCCUCGCUGCCAGCACUUUGCAGAUGUAUUUGGCAGAAAAGACAAAAUCAGUGGGUGCUUACAGGCAGCGGCUCAGAGGCCAACAAUUUUUCUUAAAAAAUGCACAUCCCCAUUCAGUUUUUGUCCUCUGAACUGCAGGUUUAGGUACCCUCCUGCAACUGAAACUGUUCCAAACAACACAGGAAACUUGAAUCUGGUCUCAGGCUGUUUUAGGAACUUCUCAUUGGCUCCCAGCCCAAAAGAGGUGUCCUGUUUGUUUUAAAGAGUUAGAUUAGAGGGGGGAACUUAGAGGGCAGGAGGGUGAUGGCAGCGGCUGGGAGGGGUGUCGCUGCCCCUGCCCUUCCCUGCUAAGCUUUGCCCAAACCCCAUCGCCAGUACUAGAAAUUCCCCAGGUGGAAGGCAUGUUUUGCGACUGGCGCAGGUCCGAUUGCGACCAUGUGGAGACCUUUGGAUGCUAGGCUGGCGGCUGACAUCUCCAUCUUGCUGGGCCCUCCAGCUUUCUUAAGCAGUGAAGCAGAAGAGCUUUAUUCACCUUUUUCUCCAAAGAGUACAUGGUUAGUAAUAGUAAUUUAUUAUUUGUACCCCGCCCACCUGGCUGGGUUUCCCCAGCCACUCUGGGCGGCUUCCAACAAAUAUUAAAAAAUACAUUAAAAUGUCACACAUUAAAAACUUCCCUGAACAGGGCUACCUUCAGACAUCUUCUAAAUGUCAGGUAGUUGUUUAUGUCUUUGACAUCUGGUGGGAGGGUGUUCCACAGGGUGGGUGCCACUACCGAAAAGUUUCUCUGCCUGCUUCCCUGUAACCUCACUUCUCACAGGGAGGGAACCGCCAGAAGGCCCUCGGCGCUGGACCUCAGUGUCCGGGCUGGACGAUGGGGGUGGAGACGCUCCUUUAGGUAUACUGGGCUGAGGCCCUUUAGGGCUUUAAAGGUCAGCACCAACACUUUGAAUUGUGCUCGGAAACGUGCUGGGAGCCAAUGUAGGUCUUUCAAGACCAGUGUUAUGUGGUCUCGGCGGCCGCUCCCAGUCAGCCCCCCUCAAUUAAUACCUACAACGACCCUGCGAGGUAGGUGAAGAGGCUUCAACUGACUCCAAGGUCACUCAGUGAGUUUCAGGACGGAGUGGAGGAAUUUGAACCCCAAUCUCACAGUUCCUCAUCCAACACUCUAACCACUACAUCCCACUGCCUUCCUAGAGUCCUUCUGCUACAGGGCAGCUCUAUAAAUUCAGUAAGUAAAUAAAUAUAGGCAAAGCAAAGUGACCUGAAAUAUUUUCCUUGAAGCAUGAAUUUGUUUUAUUCCGAUUGUUUUAUUUGACAUUUAAAUGUGUUGUCAGCUGCUUGGAGAUUUUUUCUUUAAAAUAUAAAACUGUAUAGAAAUGCAAUGAAUAACAAUAAUAAUAAUAUAUUUCACCUCAAAAAAAGGCACCUGGAUAUUCUGUUGUGGCUAUCGCAACCUAGGUUUAAGGUGCUAUUUAAGCUUAUAUAUCUGAGUUUCCAACACUGGAAAUGCAUAAUAAUAAUAAUAAUAAUAAUAAUAAUAAUAAUAAAUUUCAUUGGUAGGAAAAAAUGAUGCCUAGGUACUCUGUUGUGGCAACUGCAAUCUAGGUUUAAGGUGCCAUUUGGCGAUCAGCUUCUAAGUCUGAAUUUCUAGCACUGCCCAUCGCCGAACUACCACAUUUUUUUACAAUUUGCGUACAGCAGUGUUCAAAACUCCCAUUGUCCUAGGCGCAUUUUGCGACAGGGACUUUCAUUAGUGUGGGCAGUUUCUGAGCUCUGGGCGCAGUGCUGCGCCUAAGAUUUCAGAUUAAAACUGCAGAGUGGAAGGAAAGGGGGACCAUUUUCUGCCUCCCCACUUCCAGCUACUCUCUGAAGAUUGGAGAAGAGACCCUCUUAAGAAGAUUUGGGGAUGUGGGCAGGGGAAGGAUUAGACCAUGCGACAAAUGAACAUAAUAUUUUAGCUGCAGUUCAUUCAUUUUCAGCUUUGUAUUAAAACUAUAUUUUAUUGAUGCGCCCAUAACCUAGGUUUAACCUAGGCUUUCACACCUCAGUUUCUAACGCUGGCGUACAGGGUAACAAAAUCUGGGUGCCCCUUGCCAUCUCCUGGCACCCACUGCCAACUCCUUUCUCUGCCUGACGGAGCAGCCCACCCAGAAGCCGGGCAAUUUUCUUUUCCCACGUCUUCUCUUCGUUGCUCCUUGUUUCAGAAACUCGCAAUGCUGUUUGCCUACACAGAGCUCCGCGUCUUCUUCAUCCCACUGGUGGCCUUGGAGAUGUUGAGGAAACUCAAACCUUGCCAAGUCUCGUUGUCAGAGCUUCUUUCGUCGACUCACCCACGAUUGCCGGCAAUACACCCUUUAAUCAAACCAGGAACAAAGCGAGCCGUUUGCCUUUUGUAGCGAGUUACUCAGCGAGUUGUUUGCAAUAACUGGGUUGCGGUGUUGCCAGAAGGCUUUAUGGCCUCAAUAUCCAUUUGGCCAUUCACAAAAGGGUGGGUGUGCGUUUUUUUGUGCCUACUGCAAAGCUGAGCAAGCCUUCAGAAAACAACUAUUUGACUUUCCGAAGACAUCUGAAGGCAGCCCUGUACAGGGAAGUUUUUCAUGGUCGAUGUUUUAUAGUGUUUUAAAUAUUUUGUUGGGUGCCGCCCAGAGUGGCUAGGGCAACCCAGUCAGACGGGAAGCAUAUAAAUAAGAUAAUAAUAGUUCAAAUUCUUUUUUUGCGAACCAUCAGCUCUUAGAAGUGGUAAUUUUUUUACCUAUUUACUGAUCACAUAUUCUACCUCGGUAAGUCCUAAAAAACAGACCCAGUAAGGUAGGCCUGAUAUUGCAGCCAGAAGUAGACAUUGUUAGAAACUGAGAUACAUAAGCUAAUUGGCAAAUUCCUGCAUUGCAGGGAGUUGGGCUAGAUGACCUUUGGGUCCCUUCCAACUCUACAAUAAUUGCACCUUAAACCUGGCUUGUGAUCCCCACCACAAAAUGUGUAGGCACCUCUCUCCUUUUUUUGCAGUGACAUUUCUUAAUCUUAUCAUUCAGUUCAUUUCUAUCCUGCUUUAUGUUUUAAAGGAAAAAUUUCCAACACGUUCAAACAUCCAAUCGGACCAUCAAGCUCCUUGGGAAAUAUUUCAGAUCCUUCUUGAAGGGAUAUUUUGCUUUCCUCAUCUUUAUGGGCCAACAUAAUUUAAGAAGGCAGUGAGGUGUAGUGGCUGGAGCAUGGGUAGGCAAACUAAGGCCCAGGGGCCGGAUCUGGCCCAAUCGCCUUCUAAAUCUGGCCUGAGGAUGGUCCGGGAAUCAGCGUGUUUUUACAUGAGUAGCAUGUGUCCUUUUAUUUAAAAUGCACCUCUGGUUUAUUUGAGGGGCAUAGGAAUUAGUUCAUUAUUUUUUUCCAAAAUAUAGUCCAGCCCCCCACAAUGUCUGAGGGACAGUGGACCGGCCCCCUGCUGAAAAAGUUUGCUGACCCCUGGGCUAGAGGGUCUGACCAGAACCUGGGAGAUCCGGGCUGAAGUCCCCACUCAGUCAUGAAACUGACAGGGUGACGUUGGAGUGGGUCGCUGCCUUUUAGCCUGCCCCACAGGGCUGUUGUAGGGCUCAACAUGUACCCUUGGAGAAAAAGGGUGGGAUAUAAAUGUCAUAAACAAGCUCUUUUGCUUAUCUGCUUAAGAAAGCUGGAGGGAGCAGCCAGGUAAGAUGUCAGUCGCUAACCUGGCACCCAGAAAUCUCCACAUGGGGAUGUGUUCCUUAGGGAAUCUCGCCUCAGCAAGGAAGAUCAAGUUUCCCUCUACACCAGCUCUCGGUUGGAUGUGUGCAAAAGCUUCUCAUACAAUCAAAAGGAUAAGGACCCUGGAAUAAGUCCAACCCCCUGCAAAGCACGAAUCCUUUGCCUAAGCCUGGACUCGAACCCAUGACCCUGGCAUUCAGAGCCUCGUGUUCUACUGACAGAGCUAUCUCAGUGUCCCACUUUCUUCCAGGCCUUUUCAAGCAAAGAUGAGUUUGGCGGAUCUCUGGCGCUCUCCGUAUUGUAUUCCGUGUGAUUGCAGAAUUGGAAGGGACUUCAAGGGUCCUCUAGUCUAACCCCCUUCAAGGCAGGAAUGUGCCGCUGUCCUUUACAGGGAUCGAACCUGCAACCUUGGCAGACUCUUUUUUUGCUGCCUUCUUCACGGAGCGGCCAGCUCCUGGCUUACUCACUCCAGCGGAGGCAUUCCUAAAGGAUUCAAAGCGAACCUUUCUCCAGUUCCCCAGCCAGUGCCGCAGAGCCGGAAAAACGAGUUGUGGAAGUGUGUGGCAUGUCAAAGGCAAGACCUCGCUGCCUUGUUCGGCUUUGCAAUCGAAGAAUUGUUGAUCUGAAAGGGGUCCCCAGGGUCAUCUAGUCCAGCCCGAUUGAGGCAGGACUUUUUUGCCCAAUGAGGGGCUCGAACCCAUGACUGAGAAGAGCCCAUCGCAAUAAGGAAGAAAGCGUGGGCAUUUAGGGGCUGCGGCCGAAAGCAGAUUCAAGUCAGCUUCAUUAAGGUGUCACCCAGAAAUGUUGACUUGCCUCCAAAUCGAUGUUCUAGUUGUGCGCUGGCUUGGGGACAUGGUGUGCCGCCCCACCAAUGGGGUAAACCAGGGUGACAUGCUGACACCCCAGCAGCCAACCUUGUCUGAUGACGGACUCCAAACGGAUGCCAAGGUUUUGUCCUCGUUUUGUGCCAGACUCAGCAAUCGACACUUGAACUGGGAGCUAAUGUGAAAGAAAGGGUGAGAGUUUAUCUAAGGCCGCAGGUGGGAUGUGGGUUAAACCAAAGAGCCUAGGACUUGCCAAUCAGGUCGGCGGUUCGAAUCCCCGCGACGGGGUGAGCUCCCAUUGCUCAGUCCCUGCUCCUGCCAACCUAGCAGUUCAAAAGCACGUCAAAGUGCAAGUAGAUAAAUAGGUACCACUCUGGCGGGAAGGUAAACGGCGUUUCUGUGCGCUGCUCUGGUUCGCCAGAAGCGGCUUAGUCCUGCUGGCCACAUGACCCAGAAGCUGUAUGGCGGCUCCCUCGGCCAGUAAAGCGAGAUGAGCGCCGCAACCCCAGAGUCGGCCACUACUGGACCUGAUGGUCAGGGGUCCCUUUACCCUUUACCUUUAAGGCCGCAGGUUCGAUCCCUGUAAAGGAUAGCUGCAUCUUCCUGCAUUGCAGGGGGUGGGCUGGAUGACCCUCAGAUCCCUUCCAAGCCUGCUGUUUUCAUAGAACCCUAGAAUGGUCAAGAUGGAAGGGACCUCGCCGGUCAUCUAGUCUAACCCCUGUGACACAGGACUCCCCUCCCCGGUGGGUCUCGAACCCACAACCCGGAGAUUAAAAGUCUCCCCCCAAGUCCAAGCGAAUCCAAGCUUCCGGGCAGGAGGUUUCCAUUGCUUGGUGCAGGCUUCAGAAGGCAACAUCCAGCCCGCAAGGCCCACAGCAAAGAGGCUUCACCCUUUGCAUUUCUGACCCACGUGGGUUCGAGUCCCUUGUUGGGCUGAAGAUUCCUGCAUUGGGCUAGACCAGGCAUAGGCAAACUCUGGCCCUCCAGAUGUUUUGGAACUACAAUUCCCAUCAUCCCUAGCUAACAAGGCCAAUGGUCAGGGAUGAUAGGAUCUGUAGUCUCAAAACAUCUGGAGGGCCGGGGUUGGGCUAGAUGACCCGCAGGGUCCCUUCCAACUCGACAGCUCUAGGACUCUCGAAAAGCAGCCGCCUUUUGCAUCAAGCAUUUCUGCUUUGGACUGAGUGAGAUGUUAAAAAAAAGAAAGAAAACGGGGUGAUCUGUCCUGGAAGAACUCUGGGAAAAAGGUCGCUGGGGUGACCCCGGCCUUGUUGCUGCUUGCGAAGGGGACACCACCACAGGCGGGACUUUGGACCACCUCAAAACAUCAGUCCGCCACUGCCCAGACUGAGUUUCCGGCUGCCCCACCCCAGCGGAGGCAUUCUCAACGGCUUUUGCUUGACCCUUCCUCCAGUUCCUCACUCCGUUCGGCAGAGCCAGAAAAGCAGGUUGGCAAAGUGAGCAGCGUGCCAAAGGCAGACCGCCUCCCCCUCCGCCCUGCUCAGCCUUGGAACCGUCAAGUUGGAAGGGACCCCAGGGUCAUCUAGACCAACCCCUGGCAAGACAGGUAUCUUCUGCCCAACGCGGGACUCGAACCCACAACCCUGAGAUUCAGAAACUCCUGCUCUUCCGACUGAGCUAUUUCAUAGAAUUCUAUAAUUAUCAAGUUGGGAGCGACCUCCAGAGUCAUCUAGUCUAACCCCCUGCAAGGCAAGAAUCUUCUGCCCCAUAUGGGACCCGAUUAUUCUUUCUUCUGUCUUUCCCAGGAACAUAUUCACGUCCGGAGAGCUUCCUAACCGGAUCAUUUCUGAGAGAAUUUAAGCGCUCUUUGGCAGAGCGGCCACCUUACCAUGUUGCUCCGCCUUGGCAGUUUCAGCGCUGCUGACUCUCAAAACUUUGGGAUUGUCAGAAAAGACACCACCAAAAAUGAAUCAAUUUGAGUCGGACUACUCCAGGGGUCAGUUAGACCCAGGUUGUUUUUUAAAGCAAUGUGGGUUUGAGUCCCACAUUGGGCAAAAGAUUCCUGGCUUGCAGGGGGUUGGACUAGAUGACCUUCAGGAUCCCCUCAACUCGAAAAUUCUGGGGUUCUGUGAGCAAGAUGUGUCAGGAGGUCUGUGCAGCGGGAAAAGAGGCUGUCCCUGGGUGCUGAUAAGCCCUUCUGGCUCCUUUGCUUGCCCCCCAUGGAUGAGGCUGGGCCGAGGGCAGUGGCUUCAGAUGGAAAAACGUCCCCCGGCUGACCUUGAGAAAUGCGUUUCCUGCAGUCCAGUUUAGCAGGCCCUUCUGCUCCCAGCCAGAUCUUCACACUGCUUGUAAAUCCAGCACAAGCUCCGUGUCCCUAUUUCCCAGGGACGUCCCUGAUUUAGAGAAGCCAUCCUGGUUUCUAAUUUGAUCCCGGAAUGUCCUGCUUUUCCUUCGGACGUCCCUAUUUUCACUGGAAAAAUGUUGGACGGUACGGAGUUAUCCGACGCCCAAAUCAUUUGAAGGUACAGUCAUACCUUGGUUUUCAAACAGCUUAAUUCUUGAACGUUUUGGUUCCUGAAUGCCGCAAACCCGGAAGUGACUGUUCCGGUUUGCGAACUAUUUUUGGAAGCCAAACGUCCGACAGGGCUUCCAUUGCUUCCGAUUGGCCUGCAGGAGCUUCCUGCAGCCAAUCAGAAGCUGCGCUUUGGUUUCUGAACGUUUUGGAAGUCGAACAGACUUCCAGCACAGAUUCCGUUCGACUUCCAAGGUACGACUGUAUGGGGAAGUUUUUAAAAUGCUUAAUGUUUUAUUAUGUCUUUAUAUAUGUUGGAAGCUGCCCAGAGUGCUGGGGCAACCCAGUAAGAUAUGUGGUGUAUUAAUACUUAGUAAAAUUACCACGUCAUUGGAGAAACGUUGGAGGGUAUGAGAUAUAUAACAGUGGUUUUCAACCAGUUUGCCGUGGCACCCUGGGGUGCCUUGAAGGAUGGUAAGGGGUGCUGUGGGCAACCCUGGCCUCUGUCCCCUUUUCCUUCCCUCCCUCCUCUGAUGCCCUCUCGCGUCUCGGCCUCCCAAAGGCUUGCACAACUGUUUGUUGCAGCGGCCCUGGCUGUAAGCUCCGCAGGCGAAUGGUGCCUCUGGGGCUGGCCAGGGGGUGCAGGGUGCCAGGAACUGAGGCGGCCUCGGAGUAAGCAAGCAAGUGGGUGAGGGAGCCCAGCCAGCCAGUCAGUCCACCAGCCCCUGCUUUGGGGAAUGGACAGGCAAGUGGGAGGCCGGGCAGGCAGGCUCCGUGCUGGCCUUCCUUGUGCCUGCUGUGUACAAUGCCUGCCUGGCAGCUGAGUGCCCAGUGCCGAAGAAGAGCCUUUGUGCCCUGCAGGCCUGGCAAUGCCCGCUGCUGCCACCCAAGGUGCCGGCCUCACAUUCUCCUUUGGCCAGUCUCUGUUGGGCUACUAAGGCUGGGGGCACCCUCUUUCCAGGCUCCUGUGGGGCAGUGUGAGGAGGCACCUCUCUCUGGGGCAGGGGGGCAGCUCAGAGACCGAGGGCGGCAGCAGCGGCUGCCAAGGAGAGGGGAGGGGAGAGGAGGCUGAGGGAACACUCCACAAGGGAGGGUGUUCGAAAAGGGGUGAGGGGCUGCCGGCUCUGCAACCAAGGGGGGGGGAUAUAACUGGGCUCCUGAGCCCCACAGGGAGCCGCAGAAAGAAUGUAGUUGCUCAAGGGAGCUGUGGACUCAAAAAUAAUUUCGGAGACACCGUUGAGGCCAAAGAAGAAGGAGGAGGACUCAGAAAGGUUGAAAACCUCUGGCACGUAAUCAUUGAGUUGGAAGGGACCCUGAGGGAUGCCAACUUGAAUAAAAUAUUGGGGGGCGCAGGACCACAUCAUUGAUCACAUGACGCAGUGCACACACAUAAUAUAAUAAUAAUCAUCAUUUAUUAUUAAUACCCCGCCCAUCUGGCUGGGUUUCCCCAGCCACUCUGGGCGGCUUUCAACAAAAUAUUAAAAUACAAUAAUGCAUCAAACAUUAAAAGCUUCCCUGAACAGGGCUGCCUUCAGAUGUCUUCUAAAUGUCUGGUAGUUGUUUAUCUCUUUGACAUCUGGUGGGAGGGCGUUCCACAGGGAAGGUGCCACUGCCGAGAAGGCCCUCUGCCUGGUUCCCUGUAACUUGGCUUCUCGCAGGGAGGGAACCGCCAGAAGGCCCUUGGCGUUGGACCUCAGUAUCCGGGCAGAACAAUGGGGGUGGAGACGCUCCUUCAGGUAUACUGGACCAAAGCCGUUUAGGGCUUUAAAGGUCAGCACCAACACUUUGAAUUGUGCUCGGAAACGUGCACAAACACCGUUUGAAUGGCAGUGCUCAUCAACUUGGGGGGGGCCCUAAAAUAUUUGAUUUUGGGGGCCAAAGCAUAGUUGGCUCCUAUGUUGAGGGUCAUCUAGUCUAAGCCCUGCUAGGGAGGAAGAGGCAGCUGCCCAAUAUGGGGAUCAAUCCUGCAACCUUGGUGUUGUCAACAAUCACACUCUAACCAACUGAGCUCUCCAGCAUUUUAGAAGCCCAGAAUUGUUAAGGGACCCCAGGGCAUCAUCUAGUCCCACCCCCUGCAAUGCACAACAGAUGGUGCUCUGGGGAAGUUUUACUAAUUUUACAAUUAAAUUUACAAUACCGGAUUAUUAUUAUUAUUUUUAAAGCUGAAUUCUGCAGCUCGUACCCAAAGUCAUUUCUGCGCUCUGGAGAAGCUAUGCGUCUCUGCAUGACUGUGGGUUCCCGAGGCAUCGGGCGGCUACUCAUGCUGUUUUUGAGCCGUUUGAUUGGAUUUUUAUGCCGUAUGAAGCAUAGCAGUAGCAGACCGUUAGAACUGUGGAGUUAGAAGGGACCUAAGGGAUCUGCAGGAAUGCGGGUGGCGCUGUGGGUUAAACCACAGAGCCUAGGACUUGCCGAUCAGAAGGUCGGCGGUUCGAAUUCCCGCGACGGGGUGAGCUCCCGUUGCUUGGUCCCUGCUCCUGCCAACCUGGCAGUUCGAAAGCACAUCAAAGUGCAAGUAGGUAAAUAGGUACCACUCCGGCGGGAAGGUAAACGGCAUUUCCGUGCGCUGCUCUGGUUCGCUAGAAGCGGCUUAGUCAUGCUGGCCACAUGACCCGGAAGCUGUACGCCGGCUCCCUCGGCCAAUAAAGCGAGAUGAGCGCUGCAACCCCAGAGUCGGUCACGACUGGACCUAGUGGUCAGGGGUCCCUUUACCCUUUACCUUUAAGGGUCAUCUAGCCCACCCCCGCAGUGCAGGAAUCUUUUGCCCAACAUGGGCCUUGAAUUCACAACCCUGAGAUUAAGAGCCUUAUGCUCAGCUGGUGAGAGUGUGUUUCUGAUAACGCCAAGGUUGCAGGUUUGAUCCCCGUAUGGGACAGCUGCAUAUUCCCACAUUGCAGGGUUGGGGUCCCUUCCAAGCAUUCCAUGAGUCUAUAUCUAGCCAUGGAGCAUAGCAGACUUUGCUUUUCAUUCCCUGCUUCUCCGCUGUGUGAACAGGAUGGGCUCCGUUUGACCCCACCCAGACUCACUCCUCUUCUCAGAGCUGGAUAAAACUUGCAGACGUCGGUUCAAGUCCUACCCUCCAGAGCAGGAGAAAACAAGCUGCCUUUUGCUCUAGGGAAUAUUCUCCAACCGUGAAGCUGUGUCUUAUCAUACGCCUGGUGUCACACAAGCAAAGUGGAUGUGAGAUUUUUCCACGCCUCAUUUUUGCAACAACCUCUCUUUUCUUUAAAUCGGGCAUUUGCCCAAAUUACGGCUUUAGGCUGAAAUCCUGUUUUCUUCAUUCCGGGACUCUUCUCCUUAAGUCACCCCUUUCAAACAGCUUUCCUUUCCCACCAUAGAGCUGGAAGGGACCUCAAGGGUCAUCUAGUCCAACCCCCUGCAAUUCAGGAAACUCAAUUAGGCAUCCAUGACAGCUGGCCAUCCAUCCUCUGCUUAGAAACCUCCAAGGAAGGAGAGAGGUCACUCUGCUCUUCCUGGCAGAAAACUCUUCCUGAUGUUUAGCCAGAAUCUCCUUCCUUGCAACUUGAAUCAAUUUGUUUGGGUCCUACCCUCCAGAGCAGGAGAAAACAAGCUUGUUCCAUCUUCCAUGUGACAGCCCUUGAGGUAUUUGAAGAUGCCGAUCUUAUCUCCUCUUUUUGAGGAUAAACUUACCCAGCUCCCUCCUAAGGCUUGGUUUCCAGACCCUCCAUCAUCUUGGUCGCCCUCCUCUGCACAUCUUCCAGCUUGUCAACGUCCUUCUUAAAUUGUGGUGCCCAGAACUGGACACAGUAUUCCAGGUUUGGUCUGACGAAGGCAGAAUAGAGUGGGAUUAUGACUUCCCUGGAUCUGGACACUAGACUUCUGUGGAUGCAGCCUAGAAAAGCGUUAGUUUGUUGUUGUUGUUUUGCUGCCGCAUCACACUGUUGACUCAUGAUAAGCUUGUGGUUCACUGAGGCCCAUAGACCCCUUUCACAUGAGCCACCAAAACAGAGGACAGAGCUGAGUGCAACUUCAGCAACAAAGAGUGAACAUGAACAUGAAAUUUAUUACGGUCAGAGACCAGCUUGAGAAACACAAAUGGAACUACUGUCCCAAACAUUUAAAACAAUAUACAACAAUGGUUUAAAAGGGUGAUAGGCAUAUAAACACAUAAAAACUUUAAAAUAGACUGCCUUAGAGAAAUGACCCAAAGUCACCCGUGAAUCCGGGUUUGGGAAUUUUCUUAACAAACUAGAUUGAAUCGGGGGAUGGUCUGCGCCUACAGAUCUGUACACAGAAUCUGGCGACCAUCCGGGUCGUCUUAUGAUCUUUGCCUAGCAAGAGAAGAUCAAAUUUUUGCUUUACCGGGAGGUCAGCAAGCCUCACCAGCAGGAGGUCAGUGGUUUCUCUACGUAAAAGGGACUUCUAAAAAAUAUGUGUUCAGGGCUUCCUAUAUCCCCCAAUGGACAGGCGCAAAUUCUCUGGUCAUAUGGGACUUUUUAAAAGGAUCCUUCCAAGACUGGCGAGGGCAGAGCCGAGCUUCUGGCAAGUGUGAAAGCCCUUCUUGCAUUUUUGGAUACAAGAAAAAAGAGAUAUGUUGCUGGUGAUUUCUACAAUUUUGUAGUCGGAGCACCUUAAGCAGCCCUAUUGUCUCUUGGUGUCUAUAAUUCUUUGCCUAACCAUUGCUUUUGACGAAGAGUGAAGAAAUCAUUCUCACUUCUUGGGGGCUUUUAAGCAGAGGUUGGAUGGCAUCCAGAUGGAAUUUUUGAAAUGUCUGGGAAAACCUGGGAACACGACAGCCCAAUUUUCCUAUUAAAUUGGUAAAAAUGUCAUUUUUACCCCCUCCCCAACUUUGCCCAACUUUUGUGUCUGGAUUUUCACUUUAUGAAAUAUGGCAACUUUACAUCUAGGGAUUCUCUUUGGGCUUCCCCCACCCGGCUGAGAAUCAAAUCCUUUGUCCUAGCUGAGAGAAGAGCCAGCCUUAGCUCCCUGGGCCUCAUCCUGCCUUCUUUCUUUGCCUCCGGCAGGGGAGCAGUUUGCCGUCUUCCGGAACUCGGAGGGGAAAGUUUGUGUGGUGGAUGCCUAUUGCCCUCACCUGGGCGCUAACCUGGGUGUUGGAGGCCAGGUGGUGGGCAGCUGCAUUGAGUGCCCGUUCCACGGCUGGCAGUUCGACGGAGAGAGCGGCAAGUGUGUCAGGAUCCCGUACGCCGAGAAAGGUGAGACGCCUUUGCCCAUCUCAUUGAACCCUGAACGUGUUUCGCACCUGGGGCCUGGAAGACAGGGGGCGGCUCAGCACUUUGGGGGCCAAGGGGGGCAGCCCUCACAGGGGUGGCGCAAGGCCUUGUGGGCACAGACAAAGCAGAAAUCCCUGAAGAUAAGCAAGGUAAAGGUAAAGGGACCCCUGACCAUCAGGUCCAGUAGUGACCGACUCUGGGGUUGUGGCGCUCAUCUCGCUUUAUUGGCCGAGGGAGCCGGCGUACAGCUUCCGGGUCAUGUGGCCAGCAUGACUAAGCCGCUUCUGGCGAACCAGAGCAGUGCACGGAAAUGCCGUUUACCUUCCCGCCAGAACGGUACCUAUUUAUCUACUUGCACUUUGACGUGCUUUAGAACUGCUAGGUUGGCAGGAGCUGGGACCGAGCAACGGGAGCUCACCCUGUCACGGGGAUUUGAACCACCGACCUUCUGAUCGGCAAGUCCUAGGCUCUGUGGUUUAACCCACAGCGCCACCCGCGUUCCUGAAGAUAAGCAAAGGUUCUGUUAAAACCAGGAAUGGGAGGCAAUUAAAUGACUCCCCCAAAAUCCCAAGUCGCCACCAGAGCCUCAAACUAAGGCCAGGACAAUGACCUUUGACACAGGCACCAUAUUACACAACAGCAAAGAGGCUCAGAAAAGCAGUCUAUAAAAUUGUGGCAAUAAGCAGAUAACAUGAAUUGUACUGUUUCCCCUGAGUAUCCAACAUAGAAUCAAAUAAUCGCCCAAAUUCAGUGGUUUGAUGGAUUUCCUUGGUUCCUAUGGCUAAUGACUCCUCUGGAAGAGGGGAAUCUAGGGCUCCCCCUGCUUCCAUAAUCCCUUAAGCAUAAGGUCACACACUCCUUGCCCUUCCAUAAGGUGGGAAUGUAGCCUCACAAUAGGAGGCAGGAGGCGAUCAAGGGCAGCCUAAACCCCAGACAGAAAUCCUUCGGGAUGGUGGAUCGAACCCUGAUACUUUCAGAGAAGAAUUGUGGGGAAAGCCUUGCAGCUAGGGCAAUGUGUAAACACUUUUAUUGUUCUUGGGAAGGAGGCAGGGGCGAAGGAAGGGGGUGCGGGGGGUACGGGCUGCCCCGGGUGUCACCACUGAGGGGGGUGACAAAAUGCCGGUCGGCACUCACCGUGGGGCCUGCUGCGUGCCUGAGCCACUGCACGCAGGCUCUGUGCUGCCCAAAUGUUCCACCCGCUGCCUCCCCCCAGGUGUAGGGCGGCUGAAUGGGAGGAGGCAGGCAGUGGCAUCGCAAGGUGGGGGGGUGGUGCACCCCGGGUUCCAUGUCUGGGAGGGUGACAAGGCGGUACUCUGUGGGGUGCUUGCCCUGCUGCCCUGGCCCAUGCGCAGCGGUGCGAGCAGAGCCUUGCAGAGCCAGGCAGAGGCCCAGCCAGGUAGAUAAUCUGGCCCUCCUUUUUUUUCUUUACCCUGGGGAUAACUGAAGCCUUAUAAAUAAGUAAGUAUAUUUUCACAAAAGUUAUGGUGACAAAUAAUUUUAUUUCAAGGCUUGAACCAUAUCUGCAUAUAAAGACAAAAUGGAAAAUAUAGAUGAAUAUGCUAACCAAGGCCCCCUUUGGAAUCGGAGGCCCGGGCCAAGUGGCCCAUAUGGCCCCCCCUCGGUCUGGGCCUGGGCGCAAGCCGCCAUCGUGCCACCACCGCCGCAUGUGGAGGAUCCUCCGUUCACGUCUGCAGCCACAAGCAGAGGAUCUCACCAACGUCCGUACGGCUCUUAGGCGGCGCCGGUAGCAAACGGCUAUGUACAACGCAUGCGCGGUGUCGCACGCAUGUGCUGUGCGUAGCGACACCGCACAUGGGGUGUACAUAGAGGUUUGCCACCGGCACUGCUGGAGCGCUGUACGGAUGGCGGUGGGAUCCCUCUGCAGCCAGCAAGAGCCACUUACGGCGAGCGGGGAGCCCCCCUCCCAGCCUCCCUCCCUGCCCGCCUUGCCGUAAGCGGCUCCCGCUUUGCCGCUUUAUAGCGAGGGAGGGGGGCAGAAGGGAGCCGUGGCUCCUGAGAGGACGCAGCUUUGCCAGCGCCCCGGCAAGGCGGCAUAGCUCCUCCCCUUCCCCUGACGGCUUUGGGUACUUGGGAGUCGCGGGCGUGGGGGCGCAGAGGCAUAGGAAGGGGCGUGGACAUUUGGCCCCAACUCCCAAGCCUACCCCAAGCUGUGAUGUGGGGAGGGGUGACAAAAAAAAUUCCGCACCAGGUACCACCUGGGCUUGCUAUGCCUCUAGAAGCAGGCAGACUCCAGAGGCCCCACGGUGUGCCCUGCCCCUAUGGAAGCAGGUACUUAAAAGGUGUCAGGAACGAGGAUGAUGAACAAGGGUGGGCGGUGGUCUUAUGUUUCUACACACCAAACACUUCUUUUCUUUUCUUUUUUUGAAUUUGCAUUUUUUUUAUUUAUUAACAGUCUUAUAUUACAUCGGUAAACGUUGUCAUAUUACAUUACAGGACUUACUAUAAUAUAAUUUCCAACAUGUAUACAUAAAUUAUAUACGAAUUUUAUAUACCUAGAAGGAAAAUGAAACAAACAAACAACCAAGAACAAAGAGAAAAAACAAAAACAAAUUUCCCCCCCAAAAUCAUAUACAUACCAACACAAUAGACUCCCUGUCUUUCCCAUCGUAUAUUCCUUUUUUACAAAUGAAUGUACUCUUAUUAUUGUAUAUUUCUUUACAUAUUUCUAAUACAUAUAUUUAUAAUACAUAUUUCUAAUAUAUAUAUUUCUAAUACAUUUCUAAUACAUAUUAUGUAUAUUUCUAAUACAUUUCUAAUACAUAUUAUGUAUAUUUCUAAUACAUUCCUAUAUCAAUAUGUGCUUUUAGUCUUAUUUCUCAACUCACUCCAACGUCAAUCAAAUGCUAGCACAGAUAGCGAACCUUUACUGUAUUUUUGAACAUAUGUUUUAUAUCUAUCCCACUUUCCCAUUAAUUUUUGUUUUGAAUUGCCUCUCGGGGUAUUUGUUAACUGCGCCAUUUCAGCAAAUUCUUGUAGCUUGUCACGCCAGUCUGUUAUUGUCGGGGCUUCUUGUUCCUUCCAAACACACCAGAGACUCCUACGGACAUAUCUGUGAUGUCUCGAUGAUGCUGUUGAUAAAUGUGUUAUGGGAAAUGGAGAGAGGUCUUAAAAGCUCACGCAACCCUAUGGUCAGAGUUCCUGCUCUUGGUGUGUUUGAACCUUCCUGCAACAAUUAAAGAUCAGGUUUACUGGCCGCCAUUUUGAUUCUUUAACUUGGCUGGAGACUCCUCCUUUUGCUGACCUAAGGGACCUGCAGGGAGUGGCACCCCGAUGGGCUGGACCAUAGCUGUCAACUUUUCCCUUUUCUUGCGAGGAAUCCUAUUUGGAAUAAGGGAAUUUCCCUUAAAAAAAGGGAAACGUUGACAGCUAUGGGCUGGACAAUGGAGUAAUCCGCACCCCAGGAUUUUUCCUUAUCAGUUCGCAAGCACACCGGAAGCGCUGAACAUGGAUGUAUAGCUCGGUUCAUCUGAGCUCUCUGGCCUUCAUCUGAAUCAGGAGACGCGGGUCCUCCUGGGCUGCCUCUGACGCCCGCUCCCUCUCCCCGCAGUGCCCGAAUUCGCCAAGAUCAAGGUGUGGCCAUCGUGCGAGGUCAGCGACAUGGUCCUGGUCUGGUACCACUGCGACGGCAUCGACCCGACGUGGCGAGUCCCUGACCGCGAGGAGUUCCUGCCGCGCCCGUGCCCCUUCCGCGGCCUGACCGAGCACUUUGUCAACGUGCACAUUGAGGUGCUUGCGGGGGCACAGCCAGGCAGGGCGCUGUGACGAGUCGGGGGUCCCGAGGGAGGGUGGUGGGCAGGCGUCAUGGCAUGAUCUGAUGGUGGCACUUGGUAAGGCUCGGUGGCAGGAUUUGUGCGGGGUUGGAGAGUGUGUGGAGAGGAAGCCCACGCAGAGCAGAAUAAUAAUAAUAAUAAUAAUAAUAAUAAUAAUAAUAAUAUCUUUAAACCCUCCCCAGCCACUCUGGGCAGCUCCCAACAAAAUAUUAAAAACACGAUAAAACUUCAAACAUUAAAAACUUUCCUAAACAGGGCUGCCUUCAGAUGUCUUCUAAAAGUCAGGUAGUUGUUUAUUUCCCUGACAUCGGGUGCCACCACCGAGAAGGCCCUCUGCCUGGUUCUCUGUACCCUCACUUCUCGCUGUGAGGGAACUGCCAAAAGGCCCUUGGCGCUGGACCUCAGUGUCCAGGCUGAGUGAUGGGGGUGGAGACGCUCCUUCAGGGAUACUGGGCUGUGGCUGUUAAUGUUAAAAACAUAUGAAGGCAACUGUCUACUUUUGGAAAGGCACGCUCAAAAUUGUCUUCUACAAUUAUGUGAUAAAGUCCAGCAGGACUAAAUUUUGGUUUUUUUACCUUUAUUGUUGCACUGAACUGGCAAUGGGAGAUUUCCUUGAAGCUUGAAGUUAUUUUAUUCUGGACCGUUGUAUUUGAUUCCUUAAUGGGUUGUCAACAGCCUGGAGAUUUUUUCCUUUAAAAUAUAAAGUGCUAUAGAAAUGAAAUUGUUAUUAUUGUUAUUAUUUAUAAUAAUAUCAUUGGUGGAAAAUAUCUAAUAAUAAUAAUAAUAAUAAUAAUAAUAAUAAUAAUAAAUUUCAUUGGUAAAAAAAGGAGGGGGGACUGUUUAAGACCAAGCCAGCCCCUUGGAAGGGUCUCUGGAGGUUGUGGAGUCUCCUUCUUUGUUUUGAAGCAGAGGUUGAAUGCCCAUCUUGGAUGCCAUCCAGUUUUUGAACAGGGAAGGGCGGGGUAUAAAUAAAUAUUAAUAAUUAUUAUUAUUAUUAUUAUUAUUAUUAUUAUUAUUAUUUGAUGUUUGAGUGGGGGUUGGGCUGGAUGACCUUUGGGGGCCCCUUUCCAACUAGCAGAGGCUCUUCAGAGUUCCAGGCAGCUCUGUCCUUUCUCCAUGCCAGGAGAUCCCAGAGAACGGAGCGGAUACGGCCCACCUCUCCUUCCUCCACCGCCACGCUUUCCUGAGUGGAGCUGACCUGCGCUACAUGGACUCCCCUUUCUGGACUUUCUUCCGGCACCACUGGCAGGUAAAGGAGGCUCUCCCAGCGGGACCCAGCGUUUGAAGCACAAAUAUCAGAUGACCUUUGGGGGACCAUUCCCACUCGACAACUCUCUGAUUCUAUGAAAGGAGGGUUGGGGUUACCUUGGCCAAAUUGAACGCCAAAGUCAAUAAUUUCUAGCUCGGUUGCUAGUGGAAGAAAAUGAGACUCCAAAACUCUGGGUGGUGGGUUCAAGCUCCAUGCUGGGCCAAUGUUUCCUGCUUUGAGCGAGGUUGGGCUGGAUGACCCUUGCAGGUCCCACCCAAUAGCUCAGUCGGAAGAGCAUGAGACUCUGUAUCUCAGGGUCAAGAUUCCUGUCUCGCAGGGGGUUGGGCCAGAUCACUCUCCCAACUCGGCAAUUCUAUGACUCUACCAUUUUUCUACCGCAGGCAGAUUGGCACCCUGAUCCGGAGCCCAAUGCGCACUGUUCCCGCUUGCAGCUGAAGCACAGCAUCACUCUCUUCGGAAAGCACUUCAGCUUCAUGGACCUGAGAGUUUCCGCCUGGCAGGUACAGUCUGUGGCGAGGAGAGGCUGUAAGAGGAUGGUUUGUAGACUGUGUUCUUUCUCGACUUUUUCUAGGGUCAUCUGGUUCAGCCCCACCCCCUGCAUGGCAGGAAUCUUUGGCCCAAGGUGGGAUUUGAACCCAUGACCCAGAAAUUAAGUAUCCUAGAACCAUAGGAUUGUAGAGCUGGAGGGGAUCCCAGGGACAUCUAGCCCAACCUGAAUCCCAGCUAUUACAUUCCAGAACGGAGAUGAAGACCCAGAACAAAAUUGGGUCAUAGCUUUUAAACACAUUGCCCGACCCCUUAGCCAAAGACCACCUGAAAGCAUCAUACAAGCAUCACAGAAAGAGGCGGAGAAAUGUGAGUGUGUGGCUUGUCUCUUGUCAUGGAUUUGUGGAGUGGUCUUCUAUUCCAACCCCCAGCAAGGCAGCUGUCCCAUACAGGGAUCGAAACUGCAACCGUGGCGUUCUCAGCAUCAUGUUGCGUGCCAAGACCCCGCAACCACCCCAUCGUUGAUGAAUAAGACACAAGGACACAGAUAUUAGGUUAAUGUUAUUGGGCAAAUUUAGGCCACAACUUUAUUGGUUACAGAAGGUGAGCGGUAUUGGCUUAGGCAUUGGAACUGACCUGACUAUAUGACAGCAUCUUAAAAAGCAGAGACAUCACCUUGUCAACAAAGGUCCGUAUAGUUAAAGCCAUGGUUUUCCCAGUAGUGAUGUAUGGAAGUGAGAGCUGGACCAUAAAGAAGGCUGAUCGCCGAACAAUUGAUGCUUUUGAAUUAUGGUGCUGGAGGAGACUCUUGAGAGUCCCAUGGACUGCAAGAAGAUCAAACCUAUCCAUUCUGAAGGAAAUCAGCCCUGAGUGCUUACUGGAAGGACAGAUCCUGAAGCUGAGGCUCCAAUACUUUGGCCACCUCAUGAGAAGAGAAGACUCCCUGGAAAAGACCCUGAUGUUGGAAAAGAUGGAGGGCACACGGAGAAGGGGACGGCAGAGGACGAGAUGGUUGGACAGUGUCCUCGAAGCUACCAGCAUGAGUCUGACCAAACUGCGGGAGGCAGUGGAAGACUGAAGUGCCUGGCGUGCUCUGGUCCAUGGGGUCACGAAGAGUCGGACACGACUAAACGACAAUCACAUUUUUUUCGAGUAUUAAAUUCUCUUAUCUAUUUCACAUUGUAGGAGUUACUUCAGUCCUGCUAGUGAUUUUAGUUUUUACAACUGUCUUUUAAAUACUCAGUAAAUUUACUCCAAUUGUCCUGGAAUCUCUGGUCGUCCUGGUUCCAGAUCCUUCCUGUCAAUUUGGCCAAUUCCGCGUAGUCUGUCAUUUUCGACUGCCACUCCCCAAUGGUAGGAACCUCUUGUGAUUUCCUGUUUUGAGCCAGCAAAGUCCUUGCAGCGGCUGUGGCAUACAUGAAUAGUCUUUGGUCCUUUAUCUUAAUCUCCCUUCCCAUCAGACCAAGCAAAAAAGCCUCUGGUCUUUUGGGGAAGGCAUAUUUUAAUAUUUUCUUUAGUUCAUUAUAGAUUGGCUCCCAGAAUUUCUUUAUCACAAGUCCACCACAUAUGAUAAGCUUGACAGUCCGUGAGGUUGCCUCCAAGCUGGUUGACUGUCUCUCUCUCGGCCCCUGCAGGUGGGGCCCAGUUUGGUCUUCCUUGUCCUUCGGUUUCCCCUCCUGGGCCAAGGAAUCAUCGUCCAAAGCGUCACCCCCGUGCAGCCCCUCAUGCAGCAGGUCAUCCACCGAAUAUACUUCCAGAAGAACGUUCCCGCCUUCAUCCCCAAGAUGGUCCUCCGGGCAGAGUGCAGCCAGGUAGGGAGUGCCAGCAGGGGGCACCCAAGCAGUGGGUGGGGGGAGAACGAGACCUUCCCGUGGGCUGGAAAGCCAGCCAGACCUUCGCCCCUGACAAAGGGGGCAGGCAACAUCAGAAACUCAGGGAAGAGAAUCGCCAAAUGGCACCUUCAACCUGGGUGAUGGUCGGCCCUGAAGAAUGUUGAGGCGCAAUUUGUUUUUGCAGUGAAAUUUAUACUAACAAUAAUCUCAGAUAUAUAAGCGAAUUGCCAAAUGCCACCUUAAGCAUAGGUAACAGUGGCCAGCAUGGAACGUCUAGGUGCCUUUUAAAAUAAUUGAUUAUUGUUAGUAUUACAGUCAAACCUCGGUUGUUGAAUGUGCAGUGGUACCUCAGGUUACAGACACUUCAGGUUACAGACUCCGCUAACCCAGAAAUAGUACCUCGGGUUAAGAACUUUGCUUCAGGAUGAGAACAGAAAUUGUGCGGCAGCAGCAGGAGGCCCCAUUAGCUAAAGUGGUACCUCAGGUUAAGAACAGUUUCAGGUUAAGAACAGACCUCCAGAACGAAUUAAGUUCUUAUCCCGAGGUACCACUGUACAGUCAAACCUUGGUUGUCGAAUGUAAUCCAUUCCGGAAGACUGUUCGACUUCUGAACGACAACCGAGGAUCAAAAGGCGGUCGGCAAAGUCAGUGGAGAAAAAAAGGGGAAAAAACCCUGGAGUUUGAAAAUCGUUCGAAAACCAGAGCAGUUACUUCUGGGUUUUUGGCAUUCAGGGGCUGAAACUUUCCAAAAGGGAGGCGUUUGGGAGCCGAGGUUUGACUGUAUUAUUAAUAAUAAUUUCCACUGUUAGAAACUCAUAUACAUAAGCAAGUCGCCAAAUAGCACCUUAAAUCUGGGUGACGGUUUACACUGUGAAAUGUUUAGGCACAUUUUUUUGCUAUUAUUAUUAUUGUUGUUGUUAUUGUUGUUUAGUCAUGUCCGACUCUUCGUAACCGCAUGGACCAGAGCACACCUGGCACUCCUGUCUUCCACUGUCUCCCGCAGUUUGGUCAAACUCAUUAUUAUUAUUAUUAUUAUUAUUAUUAUUAUUAAUCUGGGGGGCAGCCAGUUGGAGAUGUUAAUCACUAUCCUGGCACCCUGAGAUUUCGGCGUGGUUGCGAGUGGGCCUGCGCCUGUUGUAAAACGCAGCUGGUGGAUUUUGAACCCUGGGUGCAGGGCAAAGUCUAUCAAAGGCAGGGCAAAGUCUAUCAAAAGAACUCCUGCACUCCAUCCCCGUUCCCUGCCAGCUGCAUCUCAGUGCAGGUUUCGUGCUUCUCUCCACGCUCUGUCUCAGUUCAGAGGACUGCAUGCAGAUUCUUAUAUCAGGGAAACCUCCAACUGUAGAAUGAGAAGUGACGCCAAGGGUCAUUAACCACUUGCAAUGCAGGAAGAUGCCGCUGUCCCUUACGGCGAUUGAAUCUGCAACCUUGGCAUUAUAGACGCCAUGCUCUCGCCAACUGAGCUAUCCAUAAUAAAAUAAUGAUAAUAAUAAUUUACUACUUAUACCCCACCCAUCUGGCCAGGCCUCCCCAGCCACUGGGCGGCUUCCAACAGGAUAUUAAAAGCACAAUAAAAUAUCAAACAUAAAAAACUUCCCUGAACAGGGCUGCCUUCAGAUGUCUUCUAAAACUCAGAUAGUUGUUUCUUUCCUUGACAUCUGAAGGGAGGGCGUUCCACAGGGAAGGUGCCACCACCGAGAAGGCCCUCUUCCUGGUUCCCUGUAACCUCACUUCUCGCAGUGAGGGAACCACCAGAAGGCCCUCGACGCUGGACCUCAGUGUCCUGGCUGAAUGGUGGGGGUAUUCCUGUUGUCCUGUUCCUGUUGCAGGGGUUUGCACCCUCAAGGUCCCUUCCAACUCUACAAUCCUAUGAGUGAUCUGCAGAUGCCUGUCACUCUACUGCCGUGAUCGUUGGAAUGGAGUGACUUUUCUUUCUUUGUUGGUCUCCUUUUUCAGUUUGAGCGGGACGUCAUGAUAUGGAACCACAAACAAUACCUCUCCAAACCGCUUCUGGUGAAGGAAGAUGGGGCGAUCCAGAGGCACCGUCGUUGGUUCUCCCAGUUCUACGGUGAAAAGAGCCCAAAGAUUACCAGCCAAAAGGAGAGCCUGGACUGGUGA